GCCAUGUUAGAGCUCCGACAGCAAGGCAACUUUGGCUGGUCCGCGGUCAAAGGUCCGACGGGAGCUGCGAUAAUGACCCUCGAUCGGUUUGGGUGGACUCCCGAGAGCUAUCGCGCCCGGCGCCUGCAGUCUGGUUUGGCGGUCGAUCUCGAAGCGGUCCGCAGGGUUUCGUUGAAGCAGUUCGCUUGCGAUGACCUCCGCCGACAGGGCAAGGGCCUCCAG